AUGCUAUUGAUAUUUAUAAUUGAGACACUGUGUGCCAUGUGUGAAUGUGAAUAUGCGAAGGAUAUAAUGAAUGAACUGGAGCAGUUACGUGAAAGUACACAUAAAAACUUCGAAGGUAUCAAAAGUAAGAUCGCUGACUACAAGAAGGACCUGAAGAUUGAAAGAGAAGAUGAUUCAAAGUUACCAAUUAAGCAACAGGAAGAAAUAAUCAAACAAGGUUACCCUGAAUUUACCAAUAGUGAUCUUACUGGGGAUUUUAAGAGCCUACAUGACUCUUUAUGUGAUUACCGAUCUGAAUUAGUAAUUCAAUCACCAAUUCAAUCACCAAUUCAAUCACCAACUCAAUCACCAACUCAAAGAAUGACUGCUGAUCAAUAUCAUAACUUGCAGAAGACAAGUUUAGAGAAGAUGCUGGUUGUACAAAAAAAGUUCCUUGAAAUGAAAAAGGUUCACUUGAAACAUAGGUCAUUCUACCUGAAAGUAGCAAAUUGGAUUGAUAGCCGCAAGAAACAACAAAGUGACACGUCCUCAUGCCCAGAAACACAAGCUGAAUUAGAGGGGGAAAUGGAUACGAUUGUAAGUGAAGUGCGUGAUAAUAAGGAAAGCUUGGACAAUACAAAGACUAAAUUGAAGAAAUAUGAGACAACAAUUGCAAAUUUGCUUAUUGUCAAGAAAAAUAUGCAUGGUGAUUUGCAAAGUUUAUUACGAAGGUGA